GAAGGCUGCAAGAUCCACCAGACGAGUCUUCACUAGUGCUUCUAUGGGACCUGUCAGACCAUCUCAUGAAGCAGCAAGAACAUCAAUGGCUAAACAGGCUAUCUCUAAAAAUGCAACUAAUAUUUCAAAGUUCAUCAAUGAAAGGAGAUUAAACAAGUCCCUCAAUUCAGACUUACUGAAGAAGUGUCUCUUUUGUGGCAAGGAAUUUUAUUCAGGAAAUGACCAGCAUUUGAAUGAGAGCUGUCAGAAGGAAGGCAAAAGUUGUACCAACCAGCCAGUGAGAGAGAGUCCAUCAAAACAUUCAUCUGAAGCCACAAAUGACCUGCCAGACAUGAAAAUUAAAUCAUCUAUUAAUUUAUCAGCUUCACAAAUACAAACACAACAUGAUAACAGUACUCUAAUAGAUGAUGCUGUGGCUGCCAUUGAAGGAAUAAAUGGCACCACAGAAAAGAAUGUGCAUUUUUCUAAAUUCAACUCAGAGCAAUGCUUUUUGGGUGUCCUCAAGUCUCAUCCAGUCUUUAAGGAAUAUGAUCUAUUGCCUGCGACGUCUUCACUCUGGCGACCGAAAUUGAAACUUGACAGACGCCUGGACUGGAACGCCCAAGAAGACAGACCCCAAAUCCCUGCUGGUAAUCAAAGUUCCAAGUCCAAAAAAGGACUUCAAAGCGCCAUCUCCAGCCAGCAGCGGCUGAGCUCUUCUACUGGCAAUAUUGCUGC